UUUCAGCCAGUCAGGACUGUUUCUGCGGAGGGGAGAGGAAGCGGCAGCUGUAAAUGGAGCCACCAGCUGUAGCAGCUAGAAUGUAGUAAACCCGUAGCCUUUUUGUAUUUGCAAUAUGAAGUAUGGAAGAAGACGAUGUUACUAUCAGAGAGCAGAAUUUCCACAGCCAAGUUCGAGAGUACAUCAUUUGUUUCCUCCUGUUUGCUGUCCUUUACAUUGUGUCGUACUGCAUCAUAAACAGAUACAAGAGGAAGACUGACGACCAUGAGGAUGAAGAUGCUGUCGUCAACAGGAUAUCGAUGUAUUUGUGCACCUUCACCCUGUCCGUGUCGGGCGGGGCAGUCUUCCUGCUGCCGUUCUCAAUCAUUAGCAAUGAGAUCCUCCUCUCAUUUCCCAGAAACUACUACAUUCAGUGGCUCAACGGCUCCCUCAUUCAUGGUUUAUGGAACCUGGUGUCACUAUUCUCCAACCUCUGCCUCUUUGUCCUGAUGCCGUUUGCCUAUUUCUUUUUGGAGUCUGAGGGAUUUGCAGGAUCGAAAAAGGGCAUUAGGGCUCGUAUUUUGGAGACUUUUGUGAUGCUCUUCCUGCUAGCCUUGCUCAUUCUGGGUAUCGUGUGGGUGGCGUCAGCCCUAAUCGACAAUGAUGCAGCCAGUAUGGAGUCUCUCUAUGAUCUUUGGGAAUUCUAUCUGCCAUACCUGUAUUCCUGUAUAUCUCUGAUGGGAGGCCUGCUUUUACUGAUGUGCACACCUGUUGGAUUAUCCAGGAUGUUCACUGUCAUGGGCCAGCUACUCGUGAAGCCAACAAUCCUAGAGGACCUGGAUGAGCAGAUUUACUGCAUCCAUUUGCAGGAGGAAGCUCUUCAGAGGAGAUUAAACGGAUCAUCCUCACACAGUUACAUCCGAGGAGGCUUUACCAACCAACUCAAUAAAGAAUUGGACAAUAUUAGAAAUCAGAGGAAUAAAUUGGAGAGAAGAAAAAAAGCAUCAGGAUGGGAGAAAAACCUGUUGUAUCCUAUAGUGAUGCUAAUCCUGCUCGCAGGAACGACAAUCUCUGUUAUUAUGGUGGCUCUAAAUAUCCUCUACCUUCUAGUGGAUGAGACUGCCAUGCCCAAGGGAUCCACAGACCGAGGCAUUGGGAAUACCUCUUUGUCCACGUUUGGCGUUGCUCAGGCCGUGCUGGAGAUCAUCCUCAUGUUCUACUUGAUGGUGUCUUCCGUGGUUGGUUUCUACAGCCUGCGCGUCUUUGAGGGGCUCACUCCCAGGAAGGACGACACAACAAUGACAACGAUCAUUGGUUGCUGCGUGUCCAUUUUGGUCCUGAGUUCAGCUCUACCGGUGAUGUCCAGGACUCUAGGAAUCACCAGGUUUGAUCUGUUGGGAGACUUUGGGAGAUUUAACUGGCUGGGAAACUUCUACAUUGUUCUCUCCUACAACUUGCUGUUUGCGGUUGUGACAACUCUUUGUCUUGUGAGGAAAUUCACCUCAGCAGUACGGGAGGAGCUCCUGAAGGCCUUAGGUCUGGAUAAAUUGCAACUGUCAAACAGCCCCACAGACCCUGAAUCUGGGAAGCUCUCAGCCAACGGGCAUCAGAAAACUCUGUGAAACGGACGAUAUAUCAACACACAUAUAGACACACGUUAGCAGAGCCAAAGGGAGAUUUCAGCAAUACUGACUGCUGAGAGGUGAAAAGGAUUGGAAGGAACUUAAUAAACCCAAGCAGUGUCUGACUGUCGCUGCAAAUGGAGGCUGAGAGUAAUUUAGCUUCGUGACAUUCCAUCCUCUGCGUCUCGGAUGGAAGCUGGGACAGAGCCAGAGCUGAGACCAAGGAGUGAAAUAGAGUGGCAUCACUGCAGUGACCUUGAUGCUAACCUCAACCACGACUGUGACUUCAAACCACCCAUCUAUUGCUUCAGGGCCGCUCUUCCCCUAAGGAUUGUCACCUGGUCUACUUCUACAACCUUUACGCUGCUGUACAACACAAAAGCAGAAUAAGCAACGUGACCUCUGCCUGGCUUCCCCCUGUCAAAGUCUUAAAUUAGACUCUGUAAUCAAAAACGUAUGCAUCCCCACAAUUCACUUUUGUUUGUUUCAACAUGUGUGUCAGUAACUCAACAUUAAAUGUGUGUAGUUGUCACUUUUGAAUUUUUUCAGGAACAGAUAUGGGCAUGAAAAGGUGUCACUUAGUGGGUUUUCACUCAAAUUCAAAAUGUGAAAAUAACUAAAUAACUUUCUGAAGCGUGUAGAUUUGUCUUUUGUUCACACUCAUUGCAGCCAGUAUUUACCACUGCAGCACAUCUGUGCAGUUCACAAUAUAUGCACUGCUCAUGUCAUUCUAGAUGGCAGGCCUCGGAUUUUAGCCCCCAAUUUCAUUUGUCUUUUUAUCUGAAUUUAUGCAAGUACGCUUUAACUUAAUUGAUGAUGUCAUUACUUUGUUAGACAGAAGUUGUUUUUUUUAGGUCUUCUAGAUUUGACUUAAGCUAUUCUGUUAAACCAGACUGAUUUUUUAGUUUGAUUCUCACAGGAGAAUGCAUGGAAACAAAUCUGAAGUUUAAUUUCCAAAUAUUUAAUAUGCACAUGGAAAGAAAAUGUCUUGCCAUAAUUGCUAAACUCCCAAAAAUACAGGGCACAGAAAAAUGGCCCCUAAUGUAAAUGUUGUAAUUACAUGUACAUAUUCUGUUUCAUACAUCUUUUAUUUGCCUUUUCUGUUUUUUUCGGUAUGUAAAUAUGUUGAACUCUCAUUGAGCCCCGAAGGUCUGACUCAUAAAACAUUUUCGUUACGUUUUUCAGAGAUUCCCCUCUUAAUGUAAUGCAAAUAGACACAAAUUUUAACCCAAACAAUACAUAAGUCAAGGAUAUCCAGCCUUGAAGCCGGAACAAUAGACAUGGUGACUCAGGCCCCCCUUAAGUGUUAGUGCAUUGCUGCAUAACCUUCUAAACUGUGAUGAUCCUUGUCUCCAGAAACACCAGUAAUGCCUUAAAUGACAAGCAUGUCACAGGCGUAAGGUUGAGACCGCUUGUUUUGUGGAGUUUAUGUACAUUUAUAUUGAGAUCCUGUCUGCUGUUCCACUAUUUUGUUAGUCUAAAGAAAGCUGGAUGUCACAUUUCUUUUCACAACGAAUGUUAUGCAGUCGCUACAUUUUCUUAAAAAAACUAAACUUGAGCACAUUAUAUGAUAGAUUGACGUCAUGUUUUUUUUAUGGUGUUGGUAGAUGUUUUUCUUUCUUUCCCUGUAUGGCACCUUAAAAUACAGAUUCCUAGGAUAAAGAUGAUGAAGGAAACAGAAUCAAUAUAUUCAGUGGAAUAUGAUUAUAUAGAGUCUCACGUCAGGACUGUGUACAAUUUGGUGGUACACAGAUCAGAAAGACUGGAUGUAUACUUUAACAGAGCAGAGCAAAGACUUCAUUUCAAUAGAGAAGGUAUACCAAGCUUUACGCUGCGUGAUCGUCAUUUGAUUACUUUUGUCUGCAGCUAUUCGCUUUACAUUUGGAUUUGGACCACACUGCUCUGUGGAUACUGUGAAAAACAAUUCAACACUGCAAAAUGCGAUAUGGUCAUUUUAAAUAAAGGACCAUAUUUUAACUGGUGAAGGGAGACAGCUGGAUUAGCUAAUGAAAUCCAGAGAGGAUUUCAUUUCUUAGUCUAGAAUACCUAGUUUAACUGGCAUGUAAUGAAAAUAUUUCUAUCCACGCGGAAGUUGUGCUUAAAUCAGGUCGGUUACAAAAACUGGACUAAUGAUCAAUAGCAGGGAAUAUAAAACGGCGCAAUCAUAGUCAGAGUAGUUGCUUCUUAGGUGAGAACUGUUGGGGUUUUUUCAAUUUGAGCAGGCUGUUUCCAGUGGCUGUUGAAGUUCAUCUGUGUUCUUUGUGGGGGGGGGUCAUUCGGGUGACUGUCUGUACUGUAAGUGAAUCAGCUUUCAUUUGUGUCCAAAUGUCAGUUGAUCCUUGCAUUUAACUUUUGGUACAUGUUUUGUGAAUUCUCUAUUUUAUUUUUACACUUUCAGUUUUUAAAAUGUUAAUUAUUUUUGAUGUUUGUGUGUUUGCAAAUAAAAGAAAAUGCUUCAACAUCUGUACUGUUUGUGGCAAUCCAAGAAGUGGGAGAUAACGUUUGGGUAUUUAUUUAUAUUCAGGUUUAUUUCCACCCUUUGCAAAUGGAUUUCUUCCAGGCUCUGUGUAAUAAAAACCCUAUGCAUCCUC